AGCGGUGAGUGUGAAGGGAGAGGCAGGAGAGGGAGGAGAGUGAGAUUGUAGACAUCAGAGGGAGAAGGAAGAAGGAGAGAGGGAGGGUAGGGAAGGAGAGAGAGGAGGAGAGGCAGGAGAGAGUGCGAGGAGAGGUAAGGGGAGAGGCAGGGAUUGCUGGAGCUGAUUCUCAUCUCGUCGCGUCCCGCUAAGGGACUACUUUUCUCAGCAGCGGAGGAACAUGCAGCACUUUGGUGGUGCCGCGGCUGUGGCUGCCGCCGCAGCGGCGGCGAACGGAUAUCCGCUGGGCACCAUAUACGGGCUGCACGUGCACACCGGCGGCCAUAUCGGUGGUCAGCACGUGGCAGCGGCGGCGGCAGCAGCUGCUGCCGUAGCAGCUUCGCAUCACCACCAUCAUCAGCAUCACCAUCAUCAACAUCAACACCAUCAUCAGCAACAGCCAUCGCAGCAGCAACACGAGCCGCAAGCUGCUGGACAUUUAACAACCACACCGCAUCAUCAUCAACCGCAUCAUCAUCAACAGCAUCACCAGCAGCAGCAGCAUCAACAGCAACACCAGCAACAUCAUCAACAGCUUCACAAUGGCGGCUCGGCGCACGUGGGGGCGGCCAUUUUAGGUCACCACGUGCACCCGGCGCAUGAAUACCGGCCGUCGGUGCACGCGCUCACGCUCGCCGAGAGACUGGCGGACAUCAUCCUGGAGGCGCGGUACGGCACCCAGCACCGCAAGCAGCGCCGCUCCCGCACCGCCUUCACGGCGCAGCAGCUCGAGGCGCUGGAGAAGACCUUCCAGAAGACGCACUACCCCGAUGUGGUGAUGCGGGAACGUCUCGCCAUGUGCACCAACCUGCCCGAGGCUCGCGUGCAGGUGUGGUUCAAAAAUCGCCGGGCGAAAUUUCGCAAAAAGCAGCGGAGCCUCCAGAAGGAGACGGUGCAGAAGUCACGUGAUCACGACGCAGCGGGGGCAGGGCCCGAGGGGGCGGCGGGACACCCAGGUGGAAGAUCCCCUGUGCCUCUGAAUAAGGGAGGAGUUGGGUCGCCUGCGACCUCAGGCCCCCCCUCCACUGACCCUUCCCCUGAAGACCCCCUCACUCAAGAGGGUGUGGAUCCAGGCGAGGCAGGCACCGUACCUGGGAAGGCCUCAUUGCCUGAAGCCGACCCCACGUCCCGCCCGUCCUCCUUGCUCCCGCCCUGUGCCCCCGUGCCACCACCUCCGCCGCCACCACCUCCGCCACCACUGCCGCCCCCUCCUCCGCACAGCUACGCCUCGGCGCCCCUCUCCCUGCUGCGCCUGCAGGAGCAGUUCCGCCAGCACAUGGCGGCCACGGCGGCGGCGGGCAGCCUCGUGUACCGCUCGUCCUUCGAGCUGGCGCAGUCGACGCACCCGCUCGCCUACCCCAUGGCGCCGCUCGCCUGCCAGCCCUACUACCCGGCGUGGGUGCCGCAGGGCGGCGCCGCCCUCCUGUCGGCCUCCACGGCCGCGGCGGCGGCGCUUCAGGGCUCUGUUCUGUCGCCCGUCCGCGGUGUACCGCCGGAAGACAUUUACAAGGCGGUGUAA